CGAAAAUUCUCUCUUUACUUUGGAAUUCUGCUCUGUUGAACUCUGAGACGACCUAGGGUUUUACUUUCUUGGGGGAAAGAAGAAGAGGAAGAAGAAGAAGAAGAUGAUCGAGGUGGUGCUGAACGAUCGUCUGGGGAAGAAGGUGAGAGUGAAGUGCAACGAGGACGACACCAUCGGCGACUUGAAGAAGCUUGUGGCUGCUCAGACUGGGACUAGAGCCGAGAAGAUUCGGAUUCAGAAAUGGUACAAUAUCUACAAGGAUCAUAUUACUCUGAGGGAUUACGAAGUCCACGAUGGCAUGGGCCUUGAACUCUACUACAAUUAAUUGAUGCAGGGCAUGGAAAGCCAUACGUGGGCUUUGCUUUCACUCUCUCGUUAGCCAGCUCAAUGAUGUGGUACGGGGUUCCCUGUUUAAUUUGUAUUAUAAUAAGCAUAUAUUAUUAUGACUGUUUCAGAAUCAAACUCGCAAGUUUCAUGUAAUGCAAUCAAACUGCUUAUUCGGUGAUAUUAUGUGUGGUAACUUCUAUUAUAUUUAUGUUCUAAGGCCUGUUUGGUUUUGUGUUUUCAUUUUGAAAAAACUAUAUAGACGACAAUGGAACAAUAUGGUCCUAGAGAUGAACUGUCAUUCUCGAUCC